GUUGUGCCGCUGGCUGGUGAGCGUAAAUUGACCAAUCGAAGCGUGUUGUGAGUGCACGCAGGUCCCAGUUCAUCGCACACACAAAGAUCGCGGAGGGAGAUGUUACAGGCGACCACAGAGCAGACGAAAGAGGAGCAACAACGACAGCAUCGUCCGAAUAAAUCAAAAUGCAUGGAGGAAAGCGAGGAUUGGUUGCACCUCAGAACACUUUUUUGGAGAAUAUCGUCCGCCGCUCCAAUGAAACGAGUUUCCUGCUCGGGAACGCUCAGAUCCUUGAGUGGCCGGUGGUGUACAGCAACGAUGGCUUCUGCAAGCUGUCUGGCUACCACAGAGCAGAAGUCAUGCACAAGAGCAGCACUUGCAACUUCAUGUAUGGAGAGCUGACCGACAGAGGGACCAUAGACAAAAUCAGACAGACCUUCGACUGCUACGAGUCCAGCUUCGUCGAAGUCCUGCUGUAUGCCAAGAACAGGACCCCGAUAUGGCUGUACAUGCAGGUGGCUCCCAUCAGGAACGAGAACGACAAGGUGGUCCUGUUCCUGUGCUCCUUCCGGGACAUCACCCUGUUCAAGCAGCCCGUGGAGGAGGAGGAGUCCAACAAAGCAGGAUGGACCAAGAUCGCCCGGUUGACUCGAGCCUUAACCAACAACCGCACAGUUGCCCAGCAGUUGACCCCACUGGGCAACCCCGAGAUCAAGACCUCCAGACUGGCAGAGGCCCUCCAGCUUGGCUCGGACAUCCUCCCUCCGUACAAACAAGAGGCCCCCAAGACCCCCCCGCACAUCAUCCUGCACUACUGCACCUUCAAGACCACCUGGGACUGGGUGAUCCUCAUCCUCACCUUCUACACGGCCAUCAUGGUGCCCUACAACGUGUCCUUCAAGCACAACAAGCCCAGCACCAACCUGGGCUGGCUGGUGGCCGACAGCGUGGUGGACAUCAUCUUCCUGGUGGACAUCGUGCUCAACUUCCACACCACCUUCGUGGGGCCGUCCGGCGAGGUCAUCUCCGACGCCCGGUCAAUCCGCAUGAACUACCUGAAGACCUGGUUCAUGAUCGACCUGCUGUCCUGCCUGCCCUACGACAUCAUCAACGCCUUCGAGCAAGGCGAGGAGCAGGAGUACAUGAACGUCAACGCCUCGGCAACAAGCCCCUCCCCCAGGAACAGCACGAGGCCCGAGGACUCUAUGCUACCCGGCCUGAGCAGCCUCUUCAGCUCCCUGAAGGUGAUCCGCCUCCUCCGGCUGGGCCGGGUGGCCCGCAAGCUGGACCACUACCUGGAGUACGGAGCGGCCGUGCUGGUGCUGCUGGUGUGCGUCUUCGGCCUGGUCGCCCACUGGCUGGCCUGCAUCUGGUACAGCAUCGGGGACCACGAGGUCAUCGACCACGACACCCACGCCAUCAAGACCGACAGCUGGCUGUACCAGCUGGCGCUGAGCAUGGGCACGCCGUACCGCUACAACGUGACGGGCUCGGGCCGCUGGGAGGGCGGGCCCAACAAGGAGACGCUGUACAUCAGCUCGCUGUACUUCACCAUGACCAGCCUGACGACCAUCGGCUUCGGGAACAUCGCGCCCACCACCGACGGCGAGAAGAUCUUCAGCGUGGCCAUGAUGAUGGUGGGAUCCUUGCUCUACGCGACCAUAUUUGGAAACGUCACCACCAUCUUCCAGCAGAUGUACACUAACACCAACCGCUACCACGAGAUGCUGAACAACGUGCGGGACUUCCUGAAGCUCUACCAGGUGCCCAGGGGCCUGAGUGAGAGGGUGAUGGACUUCAUCGUGUCCACAUGGGCCAUGUCCAAGGGCAUUGACACAGAUAAGGUUCUCUCCAUUUGUCCCAAAGAUAUGCGGGCGGACAUCUGCGUGCACCUGAACCGCCAGGUGUUCAACGAUCACCCGGCCUUCCGGUUGGCCAGCGACGGCUGCCUGCGCUCGCUGGCCGUGGAGUUCCAGACCACCCACUGCGCUCCCGGCGACCUCAUCUUCCACAUCGGCGAGAGCGUGGACACCCUGUGCUUCGUUGUGUCGGGCUCGCUCGAGGUCAUCCAGGACGACGAGGUGGUCGCCAUCUUGGGUAAAGGCGAUGUGUUUGGGGACGUGUUCUGGAAGGAGACAAGCCCGGCGCGAGCGUCGGCCAACGUGCGCGCCCUCACCUACUGCGACCUCCACGUGAUCCGGCGAGACGCGCUGCUGCGGGUGCUCGAGUUCUACACCGCAUUCGCCAGCUCCUUCUCCCGCCACCUCAUCCUCACCUGCAACCUACGCAAGCGGAUCAUCUUCAGGAAGAUCUCCGACGUGAAGAAGGAGAAGGAGCACCAGAGGGACCAGGUCGCCCUCUCCAUCCCCGACGACCAUCCCGUCCGCAAGCUCUUCCAGAAGUUCCGGAAUCAGCGGGACGUCCAAACCCCGGGAGACAUCCACAUGUACCCCCAACAAAACUGCAACGUACUCGAGCCCAACGCCGAGCCACAGAGUGACUCCGCCCUCUACCUGCAGAGCCCCGAGUCCUCCAUGCAGGACGCCCCAGCCAACGGGAACGCUAGCGUCGACCCUAGUGCCAUUACCCUCUCCUGCUCAAAGAAUUCAUUGCAGAUUCACCCGGAGAAGUUGGACCGGGUUGGCAUGCAAGAGGCGUUGGAGCUGAAACCAAAGGGCGGCGUGGAGGGUAAAGAGACCCUCAGCCCCAAGCGUCCCAGCGGCGGAGGAGGAGGCGGUGGUGUUGGCCGUGGCUGGGCCAAGUUCAGGAGCCCCGCGGCGGUGGCUCCUGCGCCCCCGCCGGUAAAGCAGAGAGAGGAGGAGAAGUGGGUUGAGGGAUCCAUGUCCAUGGGCCAGCUGAGUACGACGGACGGCCAGGGCCUUCAACCGGCACGUGGGCACGCGGGCAGCAGAGGGUUCAGCGACGCCGGAGAAGGCGACGAAGAGAACAGCGCCCUGCACAAAACGGAGUCGUGCGACAGCGGCAUCACAAAGAGCGACCUGCGCAUCGACCGGGCCGGGGAUUCGCGCAGCUCGUUUGAGCGCAGCCCGUUGGAGCGGAGCCCGUUCGGACAAGUCCCGGGGCUGGACGCUGAGGGCGCGCUCAGGCACUCCUUCACGCAGCCCGUGAGCGAGCAGGCGUUGUUCCACGCCACGCUUCACCAAACCAAGCUAGAGAUAAAGGGGGACAUUAAGAUGCUCAGUUGCCAGCUCUCGGUGCUCGAGGUGCAAGUGAGCGAGAUCCUCAGACUGCUGUCGGUGAAGAGACGGCUGUCCCUGCCACAGACGUCCACCCCCAAGAGGAUCAAAAGCCCAGGGUUCGUCUGCGUGCCCGAGCCCAUCUCGCCAGAUAUGGACGACGGGCCGUUUUGAACGAAGGGAAACAUUUGUUUAUAUAUUUGACAAAAAGAAAGGCGACUUUUGUUGGACCUCGAUUUAAAGUGGUGUACAUACCUAUUUGCAUGUCCAGCUGGAUUCUGGCCUUGCCAUGUAAUUGCUUGCAUUAUGCAAAUGACAGCAUGCAGAGCUACGUUUCGUCCUCUUACCUCAGUUACAACAAACCUGGGUGGUUGAUGUUAACACUUUAUAUAAGAGGCGGUGUGGUAGUCUCAUCUUAGUUUUAGCAGCACUUUUGUGUCAAACGGUCUUCCUUGGUAAACGGAAACCUUAGUAUUUAUAUACUGUAUCUUUAUGCUGGCCGAAAUGGUAUUAGGCAGCUCCUACACCAUACAAGCAACUUGAUCCCCUUGCAUUUAGCGCUACAUGCACGGAGCACAUAUAUUCAGUAUAUUCAGGUCAGAUGAGUGUUUCCCAAACUCGGGGAAGAGACCCCAAUUGGGGUCGCCCUGAUGUGCAGGUGGCGUUGAUAUGUGAGAACGGUUUGAUGGUGCAUUUUUGAUAAAAAAAAAUUAGCUUCAAAUAGGCUUGAAAAGUCUUAUAAAAGCACACUAUCUACAUACAAAGAGGCUAAUGACGCAUACUACACACAAGUGAUCUAGCACUAGCACCUGACUAACGUGGUUUGGUGGUGAUACGAUGAAAACAAGGUGCAGAUGCAAGUCUUGGUCACAAUCAUUUUCUGACCAGAAAAUGGAAUAGCAGGCCCAACACCCAACAGGGUUGUGUCCACCAAGUCAGACCAUUCUAUAGUUAGUGUCGUCAUCAACCUUGGUGCUCUCAUCUCCCAAAAUGACAACAGUAAUUGUACUGUCAACAAUCUGAUCCAUCAAAACGUGUGCCUUAUACUUUCAAAGGGAGUGAAAGGGGUCUUGAUAGUCAUUGUCAGCUGUCAGAGGUGUUGGCCUGGAAGAAAAUGAUUCCUCGUUUAAUUGAAGUACUGAUGAUCCCGUGUGCCAUCCCCUUCCCUAUAGCAUUACCAUUGUCAUUGAUGAACGUGGCCUGACUAGACAGGAAGAGACUAUGGCCCAAUCCCAUUUCUACCCCUUACCCCUUCAAAACAAGGGGGAAGGGUAAAGGGAAGGGGUAAGGGGUAGAAAUGGGAUUGGGCCUAUGUACAAUGUGUUCUUGAUGACCGCUGUCUGCACAAGUUGUUACGAGAAUUAUUUGGUUGAACCUUCUGCAUGAAAACGUUUUAGAAUUUAUUAUUAUUAUGACUAUGAUCUAUUUAUUUCUGUUUAUGCGUUAUUUAAUUGUAACUUAUUCUCAUUUUAGAUUUGCUUGGUCAACAAUUUUAAUCUGCUACCUUAAAGCUAAAAUAGAUAGUAUUAUAGCUUAAAUAGCUCCAAUAGAAGUAGUUUCCCCACAUGAUAAACUUGAACUUGCACUUACAUGAACAACUUUUUUCAAUUUAAUAUAAAUCAUAUGUAGGAUAUACGUAAUAAUUUAAGAUCAGAUUUUGGGGUGAUCACAUGCAAUGUUUUAAUAGAUUACUGUACACCAUAUGCAAAUCUGAACAGAUGUAUGGUACUGCUGCAUUCACUGAAACAGGCUGAAAAUGUCAAAGAAGUUGAUCUUUUGUUCAUGAUGAUGCCGAAUUUCCUGCGGGCCUGUACCAGUAUUCGUAAAAAAUAUAAUUAUCUCCUUCAGUAUUUUUAGGUUUAUGCUGCAUGCAUCCAGACAAUCGGUUAUGGAAAUGAAAAGAAAUAAGGAAUAACGCCUACUUCUCAACACUUUGUUUGAUCUCCUCAACUGAAUGCAAUACUAACCCACAAUUUAAAUCAAAAAUAACAUAGAUAAACACUAUAGCGAGUGGAAAUCCUUGUGCUGUCUCUCAGCACAAAGCCUCAACCUUUCUCAAGACCCUCUAUCAUUGUAUUUCCUUUGUCUUUUCAUGCUCGGAUUAAUCGUGGCCGAUCUCAAACAUAAAGUUCUGCGACGUUG